UACAGUGAGGAAGAGAGAGAGAGAGACAGAGAGAGGGCUUGGACUACUCUUCCCUCGCACUUGCUUGUUUAGUGCAAGAAUACUGGGGCUAGUACUGUUAUUUUCUUCGAGUGCUAGUGCUACAUGGCUGUGGAGGUAGAAGAUGACGUGUUCUUUGCAGAUCUAAGCAAGCAGCUUGCGCUGCUAAUCAUGGAUGAUGAGGAAGAAUUCCCGGCGCAGUAUCCUCUGCUUCCGGCUCAGGAGCUUCCUUACAUGCCCCAAAUCAUGAUGCCACCUUCAUAUGGCUAUGAAGUGUCCUACAGAAGGGAGAGCAAAGGAACUGGGGUGUUCAUUCCACAGUCCACUGCACCAAGAAGGAAGAACAGGUCAAGGAGGCAAACCACAGUGGAUAGCCACCCCCAAAGGCAGUUGAACAAGUCUGCCAUUGUGGUUUCUCAAGUCACCAAGAACUAUAACUUUCAUCCCAAUCAUUACAGUCACUCAAGUGUGCUAAAGAGACACACAUAGAGCUCUCGAGUGAUCUCUGUCUCACACUAACCUCUCUGGUCCUGGUAGAUUUGUUUACAGUGUCGAGUGUCUUCUAUGGUGCACUGCAGAGGGAAAUAACACUCUUCCAACUGGUGUUGUGCUUGUGAGGAGGGCCUAUAAUAAGCUUCAACCCUCUUCAGUGAUUAAUGCAACUGAUGAAGGGCAAAUAGGAGUGGAUCAAGUGAUCAUUGAAUGUAUUGAUUGGUGAAUGUACAGCAUGAUAAUAAUCAUGUUAUUGAGAUAUUGUUAUUGAUGUGAUGAGGGCCUUCAAGUCCUCUUUAUCUGGAGGCCAACCAAAGCAACAAUGAAGUGCCAAAUGCUAAUAAUGUACUUAGUACUCCCUUUCUAAUCUAAAGGGUUUUUACAAUA